AAGUUGGCGGGCUCGCCUCAGCGAGAAAAAGUCGCCGACGCAGACGCAACCGAACAGCAACAAAAGGAGGAGGAGGGCGCUGGUGCUGGUAGUCCAUGUGUCGAUGAGGAGUGGCUCUACUUCUACAUGCUGACAAACCUGGAAUCGUACGCCGACUGGGUGAUGCGCAUAGUCUCCUGCUACCAACAUACCGCCGACGUUCUACAGGCUGCCGGAGCUAAGUAUCCCCGCAAAAUCGUCGUCUAUAAUAAACUGCCCUAUCUCGCCGUGGAGGCCGUAGAGGUUUUUUAUCGCGCCCACGCAUUUGCCCUGAAGGUGCUUCUUCGGACAGGAAAACCACAAUCAAACAGCUCCUGUAAGCUGCCACUUGUCGAACUCGCUGAUGCACUGUUGAAGUUCAGCCAGUCUGCGUUUGUCAUUGAACCAGGGAAAAACGGGUAUGUGCGUCUAAUGUCUUUCGUCUCCCCUCCCAAGCUCGACUGUAUCAUGAAAGGAAACCUCGCCACUCAUACCAAUUUUGCACCCUUUAAAGACACUUUCGCCCUUAGCUCAACCUAA